AUGUGGUUGCCUUGGAGAUGUAUUCAGACCCGCCUGACCCAGCAGAUACGACCUUACAUGCAGGAGCAUCACCUGAAAGAGGACACAGUCUUCACUAAAUAUGUCAAGGACCUGUUGGAAAGGAGUAUGGGACUGACCUCAUUCUAUGGAGAAGCUCCCUGGGAAGCCAAAGUGAUAACAGUCAUUGGUUGUAUCAAAGAUCCCAGGUCCAAGUGUGAAGCCAUUCUGGAGAUGAUGAAGAUGGCCCAUAUUCCUCUGUCAGCUCAGAUAGAGAAACUGAUACAGGAGGGCAUGGAACUAGAACACCCCAAGUCAGUAUAUACUGUGUAUCAACUUUACCUAACAGAUGCUUUCUUUUGCUAUGUUGUCAUUAAAAUGAGUUCCAUGACUUUUGUCAUGAUUCUUAUUUGUAUCUUUUUAUGAAACUUGAUGAAAUUAGAC